CACACAACACAACAACACAAGCAACACAAGCACACCCGUUUCAGCGUGAGCUACCGGUAGCUUAGCGUUAGCCUCGUGCUGCCGCAUCCUGCAGGUGUUCUCACUCAGUCUCUGAUCUUAACUGUCAACAAACUGACCCUUUUAAAUCAUAUUAGUACAUCCACGUUGGAUUUUGCGCUACACAAUCAAAGUGGGAAAUUUACACCACGUUACAUUUUCCGUGAAAUUUUAAUUUUAGUUUUCGCUACGAGUUGCGUCCUUAUUUUGAAAACUGAAACCGGAAAAACGAAUUGGGACGGAAACCUUUCACAUUAAACUUCACCCUUGAAAAACGUUUAGUGAUAUCUAUUUUUAUUUGUUAAUAUUUAAUUAAACAGAAAUAUGCAAAUAUUUACCCACUAAUUUAUAUUCACUAACCCCCAGCUGGAGUAAACUGAAAUAGAUUUUGAUGUUUUCAGGCUUGUUUUGUACGUUUUGACAUGAACAAAGUAUAGAGCCUAUUUAAGGUAUAUACUUAAUAACAAUAAUAAUGCAAAUUGUAUUUAUAAAGCACCUUUCAAAGUAGCCGUGACAAAAACAUGACAAAUAAGAACAAGGAUAUAAAACAUUAAUAACAAAUAACAAUUUGAAUGUUUUAUUUUGUGGGUUUUUUUGUACUCCGGAUGUUUCGUCACAUUACGGGGGCGUGGCCUUUUCAGACAACGCCUUGCUAUUGGCUGAGCGCGAAUUUUCAAACGUAGCCGGAGCAGCGUCGGUUCUGAGGAGAAAACAAACGCAACGAUGGAAGUUUCCCGUCGAAGUUUGUGACGUGAAACAAUAAAACACAACAGCAGGAGUCGACUCGCGGGGAAAAGGACGUUUUAAAAGCAUAAAGCGAGAUGGACUUCUCCUCAUAUUUACAGAGCUUUGAAAGCAGGCUGAGCUCUUACACGGGAGACGACCCUUUGGAUCCGUGGGACAAGUUUGUGGAGUACCUGGAGCAGAGACUUCCUGCAGACGGGGACAGUGGGAUCUCUGUGGUGUUCGACAGUCUCGUGCAGAGGUUUUUGAACGUCGAGCAAUAUGCUAAUGACAUCAGAUAUGUGAAGUACUGCAUUAAAUGUGCGAGUUACUAUUCCGACCCCAUAGCGCUGUAUAGUCACGUCUUCAGUAAGGGCAUCGGCACCCGGGCCGCGGCGCUCUACGUGGCCUGGGCACAGCAGUUUGAGCAGAGGGGUCUGAAUGAACAGGCGGACGCCGUGUACCAGAAAGCAGUGGAGAACCAGGCCCAGCCAGUCGACACAGUUCUCCAUGAAUACAGGCAGUUUCAAACCAGAAGCCAGACGCCGGGAUCAGCAGGAGGUGUGAAUCCUCUGCAGACCUCCCAUGUAACCAACCAGAUGACCUCACACAGAGAACCAGUCACCCAGAGCAAGGCCUCUGUGGAUUGGGCGGCCAAACCACCUGAAGUUAAAACCAUUGUGACACUCUCCCGCUCCGAGAAUUCAGGGGUGACUCGCUCGUGUCAGGGCUCCGGCGUUCAGACCGUGUCGGAGUACAUGACGGAUGAACUCGCCUGCGAAGGCUCUGAAUUAUCAUUUGAGGAGGUUCGGGCAGAGAAAUACUUCCGCAAGAUCCGGGAGACGAAGGAAAAGCAGCGGAGAGAAAACAUGGAGAAGAUGCUGAGGGAGGAAGAGGAGGGAAUCCGCAACAUCAAGUCCAUGUUGGAGCAGGUGGUGCAGAAUCUGGAAACGUGUGGUGGUUUAAGCGGCCAGCCUCCGUCACAGAAGCUGUCUGUUGUAGAAGCUGCCGCGUAUCCGAACCCUCAUCCUACCCAGAAUCCCUUUGGGCGUCCUCGGCCCUCAAACCAUCUGAGCAGCAGACGCUCUCUUGGUUUGUCAUUACACGCUGAGUCAACGUUCACCCAAGAAGCCGCCGCUGCAGCCGCCGCCAUGCCUGCACCUCCUCUGUGGCUGAACCACGCCCAGCCUGCUGACACAAACACUCUGAGCUCGGACGUAUCCCAUCAUCCCUCUGUCCUUGCUGACAGGAGCAUCCAUUUACCAUCAUCAGCGGCUGCGGCGGCGCCCGCACACCAGGCGCCUCUCGCUCUGCAGCCUGUCAGCUAUGAGCAGGUAAACCUGUCGCUCCACAGACCCGCCCCUUUCUCCGCUGUGGACGCCGACAUCCUCAGCCGUGAUGCUUCCGUUCUGCCGGACCGCUGGCAGAGCGGUCGACCACAGGAGCACAACGCCACGCACCUGGACGUCAGUCAGCUACAGGAAGCAGAGGAGAAACUGAACGUGUCACAGGGGGGCACAGCUAACCUGUCUCACAUCACUCCUAACACGUCACUGGGCUUUGUUCAGGCCACACCGUCCAGGGUGCUGCCGUCGCCCACGGUCAACACACGGGAAGCGCUGGAUGUCAUCAUGGACAUGUUCCAGGCUCCGACUCUCUUAGAAGAUCAGUUCAACGGCACGUCGGCGCUCCACGUUGCUGAGAGGGGGUUCGAUGGUGGAUACUCAAGAAAUGGAGGCGACUCCUCGUUCAGGAAUCCUCCGUCCGCUGCCCCGUUCACCAUCUUCCAGGACGACAAAGAAAACGGCAGUGCUGCUGCUCCCGCUGCGGCAGAGAAGCCCAAACCAAUCAGAGCGCUCGCUGAAAUCGCAGUGUCUAAGACAGAAAAACCUAAUGAGACUCCUCAGGACCUGAUGCCAGACGAGAGCACCAUGUGGGGAGCUCGCUACAACUCCCUCAACUCUCUGGAUGCUUGUCCCAACAGCACCACGGACUUCGACAUGCAGGCCCAGUGUGUCUCCACCCCCUUCACGCACAAGACCAUGUUCAGCAGCAACUUUUUCGAGGACCAAGAGAACAACUGUGAUGGCAGCGAAGCUGGUGAUGAUCCCUUUAUCAGACGCCAGCCCAAAAAACUAAGCCCCAUUAUAGAGCAGAGUCCGUCUGAUGACAAGCUCUCUGAAUCCAGUCGCCUGGUCCCUUCCUCAGUGAGACAAGGCACCAUCGUCGGCGAAGGGCUCGCCAGCAGCCAUCACUGCCUGACCACCUCCUCCAUCACCAUGGUGCAGCCUCCUCCUCCCACCGCGCUCUCCUUCAGAGACCAGACGUUGUGUCCGACAGACUCCUCCCUCCCCAGGACCUCAGGGCCUGGCUGGGAGGUGUACACCAGCCCCGAGCAGCCUCCCAAACCAGCCUCGCAGGAGCCCGAGAGCUCAGUCGGACCCAAAAGUGAACCAUUUCAAAUCUUUAAAGAAGAUGUAGACAAACCCUCCAGUCCAGAGCGAGUAGAGAAACCAGCCCACGACGUUCCCAUGAGCCCAGAGUGUCCUCUCAAACUGGACUGGACGUCCAUCAGAAGCCCCGAGGUCAAAGUGGAGCCAAAUCUGGACGCUUUCCUCAGUCCCCUUCGACCCAAGGCGGCAGACACUGUUCCAAACAGGACCCUGGACGUCCCCAUGAGUCCAGAGCAGCUGCAGCUCUGUGCCGACGUGCCCAUGAGCCCGGAGCAGCAGUCCCUGCGGUUCAGCACUUUAGAUGAACCCAUGAGUCCCGACAGAGGAAUGACGGCCAGCGCUGACGUCUCCAUGAACACAGCCGGGACAGUGGCCGUCCCACUGGUGUCGGAUCCCUGGGAUAGCGAACUGAUCUCUGGUCUGCUGUCUGCACUGACCCCGCCCCUCACCUCUCACCCCCGCUGCAUCACCUGGCCCUGCAACAUCCCCAACAUCACCCCAAAGAUGACCAUCAGCAUGGGAAAGGCGUCCCUGCGAGUCGACGGCGUCCUCGGGGAAGGAGCCUUUGCCACCGUCUACCAGGCGACUGACCCCAUGACCUCAGAGAGGAUGAUUCUAAAGGUUCAGAAACCAGCCAAUCCCUGGGAGUUCUACGUCCACACUCAGCUGGACGCUCGGCUGCAGCCCGGCGUCCGACACCUCUACAGCAGCAUGAGCUCGGCUCACCUCUUCCACAACGGGAGUGUGCUGCUCGGGGAGCUUCACAACUACGGCACCCUGCUGAACACGGUGAACAUGUACAAAGCCCUGAGCGAUAAGGUGAUGCCUCAGCCUCUGGUCAUGUACUUCACCAUCUGUAUCCUGCACAUGGUGGAGCGGCUGCACAGCGUCCACGUCAUCCACGCCGACAUCAAGCCGGACAACUUCCUGUUGGGGGAGAGGUUCUUGGAGAACAAGUGUUUCGAUUCAGAGAGCUUGGACCACGGCCUCGUUCUCAUUGACCUGGGACAAAGCAUUGACAUGGAGCUUUUCCCAGAAGGCACUGCUUUCACAGCCAAGUGCUUGACGUCGGGUUUCCAGUGCACAGAGAUGCUCAGCGGGAAGCCGUGGAACUAUCAGACGGACUUCUUUGGAAUCGCAGGGACGGUUUACUGCUUGUUGUUUGGGACGUACAUGCAGGUCACAAAGGAAGAUGGCGUCUGGAGGACGAACGCUGUGUUUAGAAGGAACCCGCACAGCGACCUGUGGCUGCAGUUCUUCCACACGCUGCUGAACGUGCCGGACUGCGGCUCCCUGCCGAGCCUGCGGCGCCUCCGUGGCGAGCUGGCGUCCGUCCUGCAGCAGAACUACAGCAGCAAAGUGUCGUCCCUGAAGAGCCGCCUGGUGGUUCAGCUGCUCGAGAGUCGCAAGGCAGCGCGGAGAUGACGACAUCACCUCCUCCCGACGGUCACUGAGUCACACGCUAAUGUUUUCACUCCGCUUUUUCAAACUGUUUUUAAAAACUGGUUCUAAAUGACUCUGUGGAAUUUUAGAUUUUUUGAAAGUUUUGUGAAAAGCUUUGUGAUUUUAGUUUGUACUGAACUUGUACAUAUGAAAAUGUUAUUAUAUUAUUCUACUUCAUUUUGAUCUAGUUCUAAAUUGUAAUGUUUUUUCUUUAAAAGAAUAAACUUUGUGUUUCAGUAAAAACUUUCACAACAAAGAAA